GAAAUGGGGCAUCAGCAUCAACGCUUCCAAAACUGUGCACAUAGUGCAUACGUUGCGCACGAUCCAGCAGCCAGAUGAUGAUUUGCAGCCGCACAUCGCCGACCAGCGAAUCAGUAGCGUCGCCGUGCACUCAUAUCUGGGGGUCAAGCUGGAUGCUAAGCUACAGUUCCACCUGCACAUCACCAACGUCGUCACCAAGGUCAGGGCAAGGGUCCAAAAACUGCGCUGGCUCCUGAACACCAACAGCAAAUUGAACCUCAAAACCAAGGUAAUGCUGUACAAGCAGAUGAUCGCACCGAUCUGGCAGUACACAUUGGCCGUAUGGGGUCCAUUAGCUACCAGCGCAGAAUUUGGACGAAUACAAGUCGAGCAGAACAAGACCCUACGGCUGAUUUGCAAUGCGCCAUGGUACGUGAGGAACGACACCAUCCACAGGGACCUGGAAGUGGACACGGUAGAGGCAGUCUACGAGAGGGCAUGCAAAAGGUACUCGGAACAAAUGAGAUCACACCACAACAUUGAGGCAGCCAAAGUGGUCAAUGACCCUUAUGUACCGCACCGUAUCACAAGACCCCGGUACUCCGAGUACCUUAGCAAACACCUUCCCAAGGAACUCGCGAAGCACGAGUGGAACCGUAUCGAAAUGAUCCCCAACCAGCGCCCGUUCACAGAAGAAGACCAAAUCAGCCAUGACAGGAACCUCGAUGACAUGCGUAGGAUGCUGAUCAGGAUGGAUCGCCCAGUGUCGCCGCCAACAGAAUAUAACUAUUACACCGAGGUUAUUCUGCCAAGACGGAGGUUACUGGAGCCCGCUCCCAUAGCCACAAUUGACUUGACGGUCAGCAGCAGAAGGCAGCGACUAGAGCAACUGGGCCUGGCAAUAGAAGCAGCUAUAAACGAUAUAUCCAACGACCAGACGCCUGACACACACUCGCGGCACAGCGACAACGGCCAAGGCAAUGGGAACACACACACACACACUAACGCAAAUGCCCAUGAGAGUCAACCACCGCCAGCAACGGGAACAAGGAACACAGAGAAUAACAGCCAAAAUGUACAGCAGCAAUGAAGACUCACCGCCAGCAAAGUCCCUUUCAGCCCCAAAGAUUGCAACAACCAUGGCUGCCACAUUUGAACACAGAAUAUACACAUGCACGAAGGAAAACACAGAAGUAUAUGCGAGCGCGACAAAUAGCCGUUACGGAAUGAUCACUCUGACAAACAUCUUCCCGAACCGAGCAACUAAUAACAUGGAAAUGGACAACUGUGAACUUAAAAAGAGUAGAAGACUCAUGCGACCGACUGCCAAAAAACGCGUCCGACCAAGGCGCCGCUGUUUCACAACUAUGAGCGUUAGCAUUUCUGCUGCGCAACUUCUGUUUCUCCUUCUCCUACAGAUCUCGUAUUGCCGCCAGAGAAGUCCCUGAGAGGAAGAGAGAGGACAACAACUACUGGAAGGUGGUGGAUUUCUGCCAUCUCCACUGCCGAGACAACUGACUGCUGCGCAUAACCGCAUACACACACACCCACACAUCCACACAGACACUCAACCCAAUGCUGGCCGCCCCGGACCAGAGGGCGGAACAACAAGGAAAGAAAACUAAGAUGUAAACAAAAGAAGCAAUAGCUCUGGCUGCCCCGGACCAGUGGGCAGAGGAGUAUCGAAAACAAACAAAAAACGAAUAGAAGACUAGAUACAGAAUAAGGAAAACAUGUACAUAUAUGUAUAUAUAUAAUCGCCCUUUGUGCCAAUGGCAACCAAAUGUUCCCCUUAAUUGAUAGUUUAAAUUUUAAAUCUAAGUUAAGAGUAUUAUGCUUUAGCUCUACCCACUUCCCCUCCCCCCUUUGGCAAACGGACUGUUUACCGAAGUGGAGAGAGGUUCCCAAAAUAUGAUUGCGCCGGCAGAACUGCCGGCAGAAGAGAGU